GGGGCAAGCCAGCCAGCCGCUCUCCCUGAGACUGCGCUUGACGCCGCCGACUCUGACUGCCCUACCCAGAGGGGCUGACCCUCCCGGGUCCCCCGCAGAAGCUGAUGAUGCUGCCGCCACAGCGUCUCUGCCUUCCUGCCCGGGCUCUGAGAGUUGGUUCCGGCUACAUUCUUGCCUGCAGAUGCGCCCUUCUCUGCUGCGGCUGCUGGUGCUGUUGGCGGCUGCGGCUGCUGAAGUGGGGGCAGCCCCUACUGGCGACCUGAUCCACGCCCUGCCGGGGUUGGCUACUCAGCCGCCCUUCAAGCAGUACUCGGGCUACCUGGAGGUCGAUGGAGACAAGAAGCACAUCCACUACUGGUUUGUCGAAGCCGAGGACACCGCCGGCAACAAGCCCCCCCUGGUGCUGUGGCUGAACGGGGGGCCCGGCUGCAGCUCCAUGGCGAGCCUUCUGACGGGGAACGGCCCCUUCAGGGUUCAGCCUGAUGGAACCACCCUGACAUGCAACAAGCACUCCUGGAAUAAGCUUGCCCACAUGCUGUAUCUGGAGUCCCCUGUCUGGGUAGGCUACUCCACUUCAGACAACAAGAAGGACAUCAAGACAAAUGACACGGAGGUGGCCCGUGUGAACCACCUGGCCUUAAAGAAGUUCAUAGAACUCUUCCCGGAGUACCAAACCAACGACCUCUACCUCGGCGGGGAGAGUUAUGCAGGGAUCUACGUUCCCACACUGGCCGAGAAGGUCAUGGAGGACUCCAGCCUUCACUUGAAGGGGAUCAUCGUGGGGAAUGGAGACACCAGCCAUGAGACUGACAUAAACUCCCGGGUUUACUUUGCAUACUACCACGGCCUCCUGGGGAGCAGGCUCUGGAGUGACUUGCAGAAAUACUGCUGCUGUUGUGGGAAGUGCAACUUCUAUAACAACAGAAACGCAAACUGCAUUACUGCUGUGGAAAACGCGUACUUCAUUGUGAAUGAGCUGGGUCUGAACGUCUACAACAUCUAUGCCUCUUGUGAUGGUGGAGUGCCCGGAAGUUAUAAGUACGAAAGUGGGGAGCUGGUUAGCUAUGAUGAAUUCAUCAGGCGGCCACUUCGCAAUUCUGGGAAGCAGACGCUGCCUGAACCACUGCCUGCCGAGCCGAGUGAGGAGCUGAAGAUUUCCUGCCUCAGCAUCACAGCCCUCUCCACCUACAUGAAUAGCAACCUAGUCCGCAAGGCCCUGCACAUUGUCGAGAGUGCCCCAGCCUGGAAGAUAUGCAACUUUGAGUUGUUUGGGAACUACACAAAACUCUACCCGACUGUGAAAGAUCAGUACAUGAAGCUGCUGCUCAGUGCCAACAGAUACCGCAUCUUGGUGUACAACGGGGAUGUGGAUAUAGUCUGCAACUUCCUGGGGAACAAGUGGUUUGUGGACUGCUUGGGCCAGCAGGAGAAAGGGCCCCAACGACCCUGGACUUACAUUGAGGAGAAUGGACAAAAACAGAUUGGAGGCUUUGUGCAGGAGUUCACCACCAACAUUGCUUUCCUCACAGUCAAGGGUGCUGGCCACAUGGCGGCCGCGGACAAGCCCUGCGCAACCUACAACAUGUUUGAGCGCUUCAUCCAUCAGAAGCCCUUCUAGGGCCAGGGCCAGCAGGCGGCCUCCUUCUACCAUGGGCGCUGCCUCCCUCCUGCUACGCUGUGACUGCACAGAUGGGAUCCUGAAGAGCUCCAUCUCCUGCCGCCGCCGCUGCCGCCACUGCUGCCUCCAGGGAUGGGGCAGCCAGAGUGAUGCAAUGACUCUUUCUAAGUCUCCCACCCUGCAGCCAGUCUGUGCCUCCACACUGCUCUGAUCAUUGGGGUGUCGGCCCCUGUAUUACUUGCACUGCUCUUGGGCAGGGAGGGGAGCCUGCCUGAGGGGGCCAGUUCUCAGCCUCAGUUCUCAGUCAUGAUGAACAUAGGAAGCUGCCAUAUACUGAGUCAGACCACUGGUCUAUCUAGCUCAGCAUUGUCUUCACAGACUGGCAGCGGCUUCUCCAAGGCUGCAGGCAGGAAGCUCUCUCAGCUCUUUCUUGGAGGGAACUUGAAACCUAGAUGCUCUUCCCAGAGCGGCUCCAUCCCCUGAGGGGAAUAUCUUACAGUGCUCACACAUCAAGUCUCCCAUUCAUAUGCAACCAGGGUGGACCCUGCUUAGCUUAAUGGGACAAGUCAUGCUUGCUGCCACAAGACCAGCUCUCCUCUGCCUCGUAGGUGAAACGGGGUCAAUCUGCCUCAGGAUUAAUCUGCCUUGUAGGUGAAAUGGAAGCCCACCCUGGCCUGGGCUUGGACCUUCAGCCUUGGGACUGUGGUCUCUUUGGCCCACUCCAGGGUGUGCUACAAAAGCAUUUCCCUAAAGUAGGCCUGCUCAACCUAGGCCCCCCCCAGCUAUUUUUGGACUACAACUCCCAUAAUCCCCAGCCACAGUGGCCAAUAGCCAGGGAUUAUGGGAGUUGUAGGCCAGCAACUGCAGGAGGGCCAAAGUUGAGUAGCCCUGCCCUAAAGCAACUGUGUCCCGUCUCUCCUUUGAACCUGAGCUGUUCCCCCUUGACUGUUACGCUUCUCCUGUAUUAUCAGCCUGGGGUCUAGCAAGGGUGGCUACAAGCCUCUCUCUGCCCCUUUUCCGUAGGCCCACCCAUAGUUCCCUUGCUCCCCUCAGUGCAGCUUGUAGGGGGAAGCAGAGGCAGACAGCUGUUGCUGGAAGGAAUUGCCUCUUGUCUCCCGUCCUACCUUUUUUGGUUUGGGCCAUUUGUGCAGCCAGCAUGCCUUAACCCAUCCCUGGACUGCUGGCAGCCCCCAGGCCACAGAGCAAGGUUGGGGGGUAGUUGAGCACUGGGCACUGGCUGAAGCUCGUCCGAAAGCCGAUCCAGGGGGAGGAGAGCUGUUGCGGUAUUAAGGGCUGUUUCUCCGCUGCGCAUGCGCGCGCACAGAGCAACACAGGAGCGGAGGCCACCAGCAGGAGCUUGACCUGCAGCUGCUUCCUACGCCUCUGGGAGCCAUAAUGAACCCCGCCGAUGCAUACAGUAUUUAUUUGGUGCAUUUACAUACUGCCCAAACCAAAUGUCUCCUAGUGGUUCAAUCACAAUUGAUUAGAAUCACUGAUCAGAACAGGUGCGCAAAGGGACGGGCGGGUGGGUGGGUGGCAUUUCUCAGUGAUCUCUCCCAGGGCUUUGGAGAAGGGUAGAGCAGCAUCUAGGGUCAGGCAGCCCCGCAGGGUGGAGUGAGGUCUCUCUGCCACGGCAGUCUGACAGCCCAGCCCACCCACCCCCAGGCUCCCCUAAGAGAAAUAGAAGCAUUCAGUCUGCUUCCCAGCUGGUUGGUGAGCACUUCCUUCGUGAAGUCCGUGCCUGCUGGGAGUGGAAUGUGGACACCCUUCUGGCUCCUCUCUGCAGGAGGAGAACAGGGGAGGGGUCCUAGGGGUGGGGGGCUCGAUGCUGGAUCCAGCCUUCAAAGGAGAUCCUUCUGAGCAUGUGCAGAGACCUUUCCUUCAGCUCCCAGCCCAUUGCAGCCACUUCCCCCUCCCAGGCUCAUUGGUGUUGGCCAUAUACAGCUCCAGGAGCACUGACUCUUGGCACUUUCUAUCCCAGAACAGAGAUACUAAGCAAGCCUCUUCCUCUUUGUCCCCCCCCCCCCUUGUUCUCUUACUCUCUCUACUCUGGCUUCUGACUGGUAGAUUGAUACUCUCAGGACUCCCUCUCCUCUUCCCGGCUGUUUGAUGCAUUUUUCCUUCGUUCUGUUCUUGCACUAUGAAAACAUAGAAAGCUCAGGGACACCGGCUUUUCUACCCAAGUAUGUAACUUCUUAAAUAAACUUGUGCAAGCUUUUGGACUUUAAA